AUGUCGACAGCGCGCGAGAAGAGGAAACGAGAUUCUAUUCGGCGAGAAACUGUUCUCGGAGACAAAGAAUUAGACGGCAGUUUGAAUCAAGGCGCCAGAACAAUCGAAGAGAGACGUGUGAGUGGUGGGAUUGGAUUUCGAGUUUUUUUUGCGUCAGGAGAUACUUUCACACAGAAAAAGGAGAUGAAAGAUAGGAAGAGCGAUUUUGCUGGAGUUCGUGCCGAUUCAGAAACAACGAACAGAAACCGAACAAGAAAAUGGUCGCGUUUGUUGAGUGUCGGCGACGACGUCGUCGACGACUCCCCGUCGUUCUUUUCAAAAAAAAAUGAAGAACGCAAGAAACAAAGAUACGCGCGAUUAAAGCAAAAGAACAGCUUCAGAUGGACGAACGCGGAAAUUCAAGACGACGAAGCGAGAGAGUUUAUCGUUGUCUAUAAUGGCACGCACGGACGCAGGUCGAUUGAAGUAGCGCUGAAAGAAGCGGCGAGAUCAACGUGUAAAGGCGAAGAGGAUUCGUACGUCUUAAAACGCAUGCCUCCUAAUUCAUUUUCCGUACUUGGAACCCCGUGCGCGGCGUCUCAUCUCACCUCGUCGUUAAGCGACGAUCGAAUCGUGGGCGUAGUUUUAAUUACGCCAUCGUUGAAGAUACGGAAAACUGCGGCACACUUAGCAAAACUAGCAGAAAAUAUGAAGCGGCUUUCCCAAAAUAGACGACGCACAAUGAAGGCAUACACUCGAAGUGAAGAGAAUAAGAUAUUAAGCGAGUUUGAAACAAAUCGAAAAGGACAUCUUGCUCUCUACGUCACUUUAGUUUCUGGAGAUGCAUUUUUUUCAGAAGAAGAAGAGGAGGAGGAGGAGGAGGAGGAGGAAAAAGACGCAUUAGCUUUCUCGACAGCCGCGAAAUAUAAAUUUAGCCGCGAUUUGGGAGUUUCUCCCGCUCUCGUUAAAGUCACCUCGAAAAACUCGCUGAAGAUGCAUGUGAGCGAUUUCAUCGCUACGGGUGAUAUCGUUCGUUAUUUGUCGCAGCAAGCGGCCGUUUCAAGCGUCUCGGUUCAGAAACGUCCGGUACUACACAACGUAUACGCGAGAGUUGUUGUGCAGCAUGGGAUUUUUGAUUUGACGACGAGCUCUUCGGACUCGGCUUCGUUGAUGGCGUCACCGCUUUGGAACGCUGGUAUUAGGGGUGAAAAUCAGGUGGUAGGCGUGGGAGAUACGGGUGUAUCGAUUGGUAGUUGCUACAUCAGUGAGCAAGAAAAGUUAGCGAUGUACCGCUCUUCCCUUGGUGAUUCCGUGGAUGGUGACGGACACGGAUCGCACGUCGUUGGUACCAUUGCCGGAGAAUCAAACAUAACGGGAUUCAUUGACGAUGGUAUGGCGCCACGAGCACGGAUUGCUUUCACGGAUAUCGAAAACUCCGCGCUCGGGUAUUUGACACUCGGAGAUAGUAUGGGAGACGAUUACUACGCGUACGCGUACGAUGUGAACGCUCGAAUACACUCAGACUCGUGGGGAGCUAGCGAGCAAUACGGAACCUACAGCACUUGGGAACAAGAGAUGGACUCCUUCAUAUACGAGAAAAAUGAUUUCUUACCGCUUCAAGCCGCAGGAAAUGAUGGUCUGUAUUUUUAUGAAGGAUUUGGUGUCGGUUCUCCGGCGGGCGCGAAGAACAUUUUGUCUGUCGGAGCUUCGCUUUCUCCCAGACACUUGUUCUAUGAAAAUAUAGAGUAUUAUCAUAAUUACUACGCCCAAGGUGUGAUUGUGACCGUCGAUGAUAAAAAUUACGAACACUAUCGCGGUGCGGGCGUUUUGUGGCGCUAUGGUAUAAAUCAGGUUUCUGAUUCGCGCUUCACGAGCGUCCAAUCGGUACCAGUCGCCGAAGCGACGUUUACGUAUCCGCCGCAUCCGCCGUCGCCACCACCAUCGCCACCACCGCCACCGUCGCCUUCCGAUCCCUCACCACCACCGUCGCCCCCUCCGUUGCCACCACCCUAUGCAGGAACUCCGUCAUCUCCGCCGUCACCUCCACCGCCAACGCCACCACCUCUGUAUUCUUACGACCCGCCGUGUCGAGAUUAUCUGGACGUAGCAUCUGCAGCGACUCUAGCUGGAAAACUUGCUUUGAUAGCGAUGGAAAAUAACAUAAUCACGUGUAACUCGGCGUAUAAAGCGAAGCAGGCCCAAGACGUGGGAGCCAUCGCCGUGAUUCUAUAUUUUGUUGAAAAUUAUCCGUAUCUCUUUCCUACGGACAAGAGUUGGUACAAUUUACCGCGAGGAUCUAUAACAGAUUUAACGAUUCCAGUAGUAUUUACAAGCUUUAAAGAUGCUUAUUUCCUAUCCACGAUUUCUGGGAGCGUAAGUUUCACCGCGUUUACGUACGAUGGCGACGCACCGGAAGAGCACAUGGCGUACUUUUCAUCACCCGGCCCAACGUAUCCGGAUUAUCGCAUCAAGCCAGAUGUAUCUGCACCUGGUACCUUUAUUCGAAGCGCGUCAAAGGUUACCGAGUGCGAUUCGAGCGAUGAUUCAAGUUCUACGACGAUUUUAUCUGGGACAUCGAUGGCAACGCCGGUAGUUGCUGGAUCGGUCGCUUUAGUUCGUCAAUAUCUACAAGACGGCUUUACAAACGGAGGAGUUGUUGCAAACACAACUAUAUCUAAUCCUUCGGCGGCAUUACUUCGAGCGGUUAUUAUCAACGGAGCGCAAAGUAUGAGAGGUAUGGAUAUAGAGUCUGGAUUUCCUUUGGAACAAGCUCCAUCGUUCAAGCAAGGCUGGGGACGUGUUGAUUUAAUCAAGAGUCUGAGAGUAGAAGGAAAUGACGACUCGCCGCCAACUUUUUACGCGCGCGAGAGUGUGCUGACAGACAAUGAUGAAACCGUCGUUCCGUCCUACGAGGGCGCGUGCGUUGAAGUGACAAACUCUGCUCUUCAAGAAGAUAUAUGGGCUCUUACUUUCACGCUCGCGUGGUCUGACCCUAGCGACGACGUAACAACAGGAUCGAUUUUAAACAACGAUUUGGAUUUGCAGCUCUAUAAGUGGAACUACGAUACCGGAACGAGUCAAUUCGUAGCGCCGCUCAUCGGUAACGAUCGAACAAACAACGUGGAGAAAAUCGUUUGGAGUAAUCCAGAAGUUGGGGAAAGAUACUUUGUUCGAGUAUCGCGAUACGGAGAGCUUCUAACAAAAGGAGUUCAAAAACGAGCUCGAGCAAUGUUUGACACCUUCUCCUCCAAGCCCACCGCCGCCAACACCGCCACCUUCUCCCCCUCCGUCUCCACCGCCUCCGAAUCCUCCUCCUUCUCCGCCACCAAGACCACCGCCGAAUCCGCCCCCGUUACCUCCGCCAAAUCCACCUCCUUCGCCACCUCCUUCGCUACCGCCGAAUCCGCCCCCGUCGCCUCCGCCGAGUCCACCAUUGCCUCCUCCUUCUCCGCCGCCGUCGCCUCCUCCAAGCUCCCCACCUUCUCCUCCUCCGACGCCUCCGCCUGCGCCACCGCCAAGACCUCCGCCUUCUCCUCCGCCUUCUCCUCCACCGUUACCUCCACCAUUGCCUCCUCCUAG